AUUCAGACCGCGUCUAAGAAAGUGCAAGUUGAAAAGGGAGUCGUGAAGGGGAAGUCAAGUGACUUGCUAACGGCCAACUGGAUAGAUCCGAUGACAUUUGGCUGGAAAAAAGGUAGAAAUGUUUUUUGACGAUGAUGACGGAGAUUUCAGUCCAACUCCUGCGGCUGGAGGAUCAAAGUUGGCGUCUCUUUUUGGAAUGGGCUCAGGCUCAAAUGCUGGUAAUGAAUCACUGACAUACACAGCACCGAAGCAACCCAAAGCAAAGGAUGAGUCAAAUGGAAAAACAGAAGCAAAAUCUGCUCCAAGUCUUUUAAAUGCAACUGCAGUUCAUACUUUUAGAUAUGUGAAUGGGCAGUAUAUGAAACAAGGAAAAUUAGGAAUUGCAGUUCUUGGCAACCAUACAGAUGUAGAUUAUAAAAUUUUGAUAUAUGUGAGCCAGAAGCAACCAGUUGCAGCAGCAAAAAUUCAUGCAAAUUUCAACUACACUGCUCAAAAGAAUAACUAUGCAAGCUUCUAUGAUGACCAGUCACAAAUGUGGUCCAUUUGUUUUGAUAAUGCCUCUGUUGCAAGUGAAUUUGGCAAAUGGGUUGCACUUGCCAAGUUCAACUGUUCACCAGUUGGUCUGUUGAGCCAAGAUCUUGUGGUUGGAGAAGGACAACCUAUAGCAAAGGGUGACUCUGUAGAGCUACAGUAUACAGGAUAUCUAUAUACCAAUCAAUCAUUUGGCAAGAUUUUCGAGUCAAACAGAGAAGGUGGUAAACUGUAUAAGAUGAAAGUGGGAAAAGGAAAAGUAAUCAAGGGCUGGGAGGAAGGAAUUCUUGGAAUGAAAAAGGCUGGAAAAAGACUUCUUAUCAUUCCACCUGGCUUAGCUUAUGGAUCAAAGGCGAUCGGGGACAGAAUACCUCCGAAUGCAACUCUUAUAUUUGAGAUUGAUGUCACAAGGGCGAAAUUUGCGAACCCUGAUCCAAAUUUUGCAAGACAAGAUUCCUCUUCGAGUGAAGGUACUACAAGCUCUGCAUCCAGUACUCAGGCCACAAAAUCAACAUCAAGUAGCGACACAAAGCAAGAAUUGCCAGUUAUCAGUGAUCAGAAAGUGUCUGAAAGAGAGGAGACGAGCUCAAAGAGUAUCCCACAUUCUGAUUCAGCUAAAUCGAAUAUUGAAGGGCAGGCUUCGUUACCUGGUGAUCUCCAUACCGACGAAUCAAAAAGACGAACACAUUCUCUGACCGAACAACUAUCAAAGUCUUUAGAGAGGCCUAGCGGUAGAGCGGAUUUGCUCGCUCGAAUGUCAAAAAUGGGAAAAGCAAUGGUUGGCUCGCCGCAAGCCGCCUCUGGAGAGUGGGAUCACGAGACUGUGGAGGUCACAACGGAAGCGCAAAAUAACGAACAGCAGACUACAAAAGAGGAAACGAAAAAGCAUGAGAACGAGACUCAAUCUGAACCCACCCCAAAACCGGUAUUGAAGCCUCGACCAGAACAUGCAGCCUCGAAUCCAAGGAACCCAAAUGAUAGCUACAGCCACCCACGCACUGGAUCCCAUCAUCACGAUUCAGCAAGCUACAGUGCUUCUCCGCAUCAGCAGCUGAAUCAACCUCUAGCGAUUUACCAACAGCAGCCACACCAAAUGUAUGGGGUACAACCGAUGCCAUUUAUGCAGACGAUGCCUCCAAUGCAGACGAUGCCUCCAAUGCAGACGAUGCCUCCUAUGCAGACGAUGCCUCAAAUGCAGACGAUGCCAACUAGUAGUGCGCAGUCUUCUAACGAUUUAAAUCUAUUGAUUUCUGAAAGCAAAAUUCACCACGGCGAAAUUAAGUCAGCAGUUACUAGGGUGACCGAAAGGGUCGAUGACUUGAUUCACAAGGUCGAUCGAUUAGAGAAAGUAAAUUACAGGCAAGAGGUAGCUAAGCCAAUGAUAGCAAGUGGCAACGAAAUGGAAGCAUCUGUGCUCGCGUCCAAUAUCAACAGAAUAUUACAGGAAAAUGAAAAAUUGAAGAAGGAAUGUACCGAAAAGACAAAGAAAAUUGAGGGUUUAAACGAAAGAAUUUCCGACAUGUUACUGAAGAAUCAGAGCUUCCUGGAGCGUAGCAAUCAACUGAUGGAGGAAAGAGCUGAUUCAAUUAAAUCUAAUGCAACACAAGCAAUGACAAAAAUCGGCACGCUGGAGCAAGAAAAUAUGUCCCUGACAACCCAAAUUACGUCACUAAAAGCAGAGAUAUCCGGUCUUGUGGGGAGAUGCGAUGAAGCAAGCAACAAAGAGGACGAACUGAAGGCAAAAAUACAAAGUUUGAAAGAUGAAAGGGAUUCUGCAAGAGAGAAACUAGAGUCUGCUAGUUCAAAUGCUUCAGAUCAUAAAGAUGAAUUGGAACAGUUAAAAAAUAAAUAUAAAGACGAGAAACAGGAGAAAAAGAAGCUAAAAAAUAAAUUAGAUCAUUUGGAUGAAGAACUUCAGGAAAUGAAGCAAGAAAAAGAAAGUCUCGAAAAGGCCGUGAAUGAAAGAAAGAAAAAACAGCAGUCGGAUCGAAAGAAAUUCGAAGAAGAGGUUGAAGACCUGAAAAAUUCGCACGAGGAAGAGCUGAAUUCAUUGAAGCAGCGUUAUAAGAAAGGAUCGUUAGAAAAUGAAAAGAUAGCAGCUUUGGAAGCGGAAUUAGAGGCAAGGCAUCAAGAGCAUCUAAAAAAGGCUGUAAAGGAUGUUGAAGAGAAAUUAGAGGAAAAAUGCCAAGAAGUUAGUGCCGAUCGGGACAAACUGAGAUUGGAGCAUUCACACAUGGCAGAAAAGCUGAGCAAGCUAACCUCACUUGAAGAAAGAAACAGUGAACUUGAAAGGCUUGUUGAAGAUCUGGAAGCGGCUAAACAAGAGUCCUUCAAUAAAGCAGAUAACCAAGUAGAGGAUCUGAAAAGGAAGCUAAAAAAUCUUAUGGAACAAAAUGAAUCUAUAGAAAAAGACUCGUAUGAGCGUGGAUAUCUUAAAGGAAAGUCUGAAAUUCCAUCCAAAAGCUCUGAAGAUGUUGAAGAUAAUCAAGCGAAUGUGGCAGAAGAGGUAAAGAAAGUCAUGAACGCGGUUUUCUUCAAGCUGAAAGGCGAAUUUGAGGCUGAGGAGAAUUACACGGGGAAGCGUGUCAUGGCAGAAAUACUCCAGACGAUCAGAGACGUCACAUUGAAAAUGACUGAAGAUAGCAAAAGUCAUGAUGAGGAUCAAAGUGAAGAAGACGAAAGUGAAGAGGAGGAAUGUGCGGACGAAGAAAGUCAGGAAGAGAGUGAAGAGGAAGAUAUUGAAAAAGAAGAAAGUGAAAAAGAAAAAAUUGAAAAGCCAGAACUUGAAGAGGUGGAGACUGAGAAAGAAGGUAGUGAAAAGGAUGAGAGUGAGGAAGAAGAUGAAGAUGAGAAUAACGAAGAAUCUGAGACUAGGACAGCCGAUGCUCAUGAUGAUAAGAGCACCGAAAAAGGUGAUAAUGAGAAGAACGAUGAAGAGGAGCAUAUGGAUUCAGACACUGAAGAAGUUGAAGAAAAAGAAGAUGUGGUUCUAUUAACAAGUGAAAACGAGGGAGAUGCAGAGAAUGUGUCACAAUUGGACGAAAUUGGACAGGAAAACGUCGGUGAUGCGGUACAACGGGAGAGCCAGUAUUCAGACGAUGAAGAUUUAAGUGACGAGGAGGAUAAUAUUGAUGUAACUAGUACUGAGAUUGAGGAGAAUGUAGAAGAAGCCGCAAAAGCUUCUGGAAAUGAAGAAGAUAGCGAAGAGGGAGGUCAAGACCUUGACGAAACUCAGAGUGACAAUGUUGAUGAUACAAAAACGAACACAGAUGUCGCCAUGACCAGCAACCUUGAGAGUGCUGAACAGGAAAGCAAGGAAGAUGCAAUUGAUAGUAGUUCUGGAGACAAUCAAACAGAAAGUCAAAUCGAGCAGCUGGAAGAUAAAGUAGAGAAGCCUUCAGCUGCUGAUAAUGGCGCCAAAAAUGAGGUUAUUGAGAGAAAAGAUUCCAAUACAAAUGAAGGAGUCAGUAGCGUGCCAAAGAAAAUUCCAGAAUCGAGUUCAACUAGUUUGUUUGAAAAUGACGAUGAUGAUGAUGAUGAGGACUUCCUUACUUCAAACAAAUCAAAGUCUGCUUCAAAGAAACCUGGCCCUUCCGCAUUCAGUAGAAGCCCUCCGCCGUUGUUUGAUGAUGAUGAUGAUGACACAAACUGGAUUUAGAUAACACUAUAUGUAACUAUAGAAUCAGAAUUCUUCGUUAUAUUCUCGCAAAUCCACAUCAAAUAUGGGUAUGCUCUCUUUGACUGCCGGUUUUCAAGCCAGAGAGCAAAAACUCGACGACACGUUCACUGUUUCUGUAACAAAUAAUAUUCGGCAAUAAUCUUACAAAAAGAUGCCAAGAUGCUGGUUCAAAUCACUUGUCCUUUUUCAAAAUUUAUCAAUCAAGAGAUUGUAAAACUAAAGGAAUCCUUCUUUGAUGUGGAUGGCUUUAUUGUUAUAGUAAUAGAUAUAGAAAAUUAAAAUGUACGUAAUUGAAAUAGCCGCUGUAAAAACGGGUAAUUUUCUUAGAAUCCAAGGCAUAAUUGUACAUUGAUCUUAUAGUUUGUUUGUAAAACUUUCUUUGAGAAGCAGAUCCGAUUUUUUAUGUUCGUACAUUUCUAUUUUUGUAUUUCAAUCUUAAAAUUGAUGUCUCUUUGAGCUCCCUGUGUGACAGAUGCCUACUUACGAUUCAAUUCAUGAUGCUCUAAGGCAUCUUGCUGUUGUUUCUAAUUCUAUCUUUCGAAUGAAAUUGAAUGCUCACAUUUAGGCUUUCGAAUUAUUCUCAACUCAUUGGUUUAG